CAGACAUGGCCGAACACGAACACGGCGGCUCUCACCAUUUAGAAGAUGCAGAGAAUUGGCAAGAAGACAUUGGAAGCCACUGCACUGAUUAUCUCCAGAUGGCCUUUAUCUCUGCUUGUCUGUCUAUCUUUCUUGGAGGCAUUAUUGUCAUCAUGAUGUUCAGAAUAACUGAGUCCGUCAUACGCUAUGUCUUCUAUAGAUGUCACUAUGAAUCUAAAAUAUUUUCAGUAAAGAUGCCUAUGCUGAAUUACUGGAAAGGACACUUUCAGGACUGGGUGGUGAGGAUGCUCUCAGCACAGACCACUGUCGGGCGUGUACUGGUCGUACUGGUGUUCCUCUUUAGCAUUGGAUCACUUAUCAUUUACUUUAUCAACUGUUACAGUGUGAAACAAUUCUGCCUGUCCUUUGAAGACCAAACAAUUACGAUUGACCUUUGCUUCAAUUUAUUCUUUCUCAUCUACUUUGGACUGCGGUUCUUGGCAGCAAGUGACAAGUUAGCAUUUUGGCUUGAGCUGAAUUCCAUUGUGGACUUCUUCACCAUUACUCCUGUCUGUAUAUCCUUCUAUUUAGGAAAAAACUGGCUUGGUUUAAGGUUCCUGAGAGCACUCAGAUUGAUGGAACUCCCCAAAAUAUUACAGUUUCUUCAUGUCACCACAAGUGGGACUGCAAUCAAACUAUCGAAACUACUAGCUGUAUUUGUCAGUACCUGGCUCACGGCUGCAGGAUUUCUUCACUGGAUGGAAAACUCUGGUGAUCCCUGGGUGAAACACAAAAAUUUUCAAAACCUGUCUUACUUUGAGUGCUUAUACCUGAUCAUGGUGACCAUGUCUACAGUCGGUUAUGGAGAUGUAGUGGUGAAAACCACAUUAGGACGUGUAUUCAUCCUUUUCUUCAUUGUUGGUGGUCUGAUCCUCUUUGCAAAUUUGGUGCCUGAAAUGGCUGACAUUGUUGGAAGCACUAAGCUCUACAAGGGUUCCUAUGUGAUGGUGAAAGGCAGAAAGUUUAUUGUUGUUUGUGGUAAUGUCACUCUGAAUAGUGUAACUGCUUUCCUAAGGGACUUCCUAGCUCAAGCUACAGGAGAUGUUGCAACUGAGAUAAUCUUUCUGGGAGAAAACCCUCCUUCUCUUGAGCUGGAAACUAUAUUCAGAUGUUAUGCUGCCUAUACCAGCUUCUUUCAAGGAACAGUAAUGAAGACUGAAGAUCUGGUGAGAGUUCAGAUGGAAUACGCUGAAGCAUGCCUCAUCUUAGCUGACACCUGUUCUGCUCAGCCUUAUGUGGAAGACACUUCCAACAUCAUGAGGGUAUUGUCCAUCAAGAACCACUACCCAAAUACCAGAGUCAUAAUACAGAUCAUCCAGUCUUCUAACAAGCUCUACUUGCCAAAGCUUCCCAACUGGGACUGGAAGAAAGGAGACAGUGUCAUCUGUUUUGCUGAACUCAAACUGGGAUUAAUAGCACAGAGUUGUUUGGUGCCUGGUUUGACAUUACUGUUGACCAGUCUGUUCAUUAGGGAGAGUCCCCAGUUACAGAGAGUGAAUGUUCUUAUGAAGCAUGAACAGGAACUACAAGGCCAGGAAUAUAAAGUGAUGACUCAGCUUCUCUCCAAUGAUUUUGUCAACGUGUCCUUCAAAGAAGUCUGUCGAAUGUGCUUUGUGAAGAUGAAUCUCAUAUUGGUUGCUGUCGAGUUUCAAUCUGGCAUCCAUGGAAAUAGCCUCUUGAUCAAUCCGUCUUCAACGGUUAAACUUGAGUUGAACACAAUGGGCUUUUUCAUUGCCAAGUCAAAAAGAGAACUCAGAAGGGCUCGGUGGUAUUGUAAUUUAUGCCACAACCACGUCCUGAAUCCAGAGCUAAUUUCAAAGUGCCGUUGCAAAAGGAAAAAAGGCUUCUCCAUUUCUGGUGGGAUAAGGGCUAUGCAAGAUUUACUACACCUUCAGGACCCAUAUUUCCGUUCACGUGCCCAAGGAUCCAUCAGUUCUACAAGUGUUGCAUUUGAGGAGAAACCUGGAGAAAUCGUGGAAGAACGUCGCAGUAAAACUGCCCUGGAUGCAACUGGAAUGUUCCACUGGUGUGAAGCUGUUAGUUUUCAAAAGGCUACCUUGAAGCGCAAGAAGAAGACAGCAACUCAACUACGUGAUCACAUCGUGUGCUGUGUUUUUGGAGAUGCUACGUCGACAUUGAUCGGACUGCGCAACUUCGUGAUGCCUCUGCGAGCCAGUAACUUCACAUUCAAAGAACUGAAGGACAUAGUCUUUGUUGGAUCUCUGGAAUACCUACAGAGGGAAUGGGAAUUCAUUCAGAAUUUCCCCAAACUAUACAUACUGAAGGGCAGUGCGCUUUCCUGUGGAGAUCUGAGGUCAGCCAGCAUCAAGUACUGUAGCAUGUGUGCUAUUCUCUCAGCACAUGGCAGAGAUGCUGGGGAUCAAACCCUGGUGGAUACAAAAUCUAUCCUGGCUACUCUGAACAUACGUUCCCUGCAGUUCAAGCUAAGUCCCUCAAUAGCCGAGGUGGUCACUGGAGAGGCAUCUGGGAAUCAAGCACCACAGGCUCUCUCCAAAAGGAUCCCUAUAAUCACCGAGCUGAAAAUAGCUUCAAAUGCACAAUUCUUUGAACAGAGCGGUGCAGGUAAAACUGAUGAUUUAACCGAAAACUCACCAUCACAUGUUUCUCAAGGAACAAUAUUUUCAGACAGCUUCUUGGAUUCUUUAUUAUGCACUACCUACCAUAACUAUCAUGUCCUGGCUUUGCUCCAGGCCCUGGUGACUGGAGGAACCAGCCCUGAACUGGAAGAGUAUCUGGCCGAAGAGACGUCACUAAGUGGCAGUACCACCAAUGUGACAGCCGUUCUACCGAGGAACAGAUGUAAGCUGGCUCUUGUCACAAUAUCAAACACUCCAUUUCCAGAUGAAGAUUUAAUGCUUUACUUUGGAGAUGUCUUCUCUAGAGCACUGGACGUGUAUGGAAUCCUAUGCCUUGGUCUCUACCGUUUGAAGGAAGAAUCCAAUCUAUAUGAAUAUAGGUAUGUGAUUGUUCGGCCGCCCACUAAUUUUGAGAUUCUCGCUACUGAUCAGUUAUUUUGUCUUGUUCCAUUCAGCCUUUCAGCAAAUGACCUGACAAAUAUGGUAAAGUCUUUCCCAAAGGUCAAACGAAAGGGUGUCUCAAAGAAGAAAGAUAAAGUGAUUUUACCAUAAAAUCCCUACAA